AUGCCAGCCCACAAGUCGCAUGAACCGAAACCACUAUUCGACAAGAUUCUCAUCGCUAACCGGGGGGAGAUAGCAUGUAGAGUGAUACGGACGGCGAAGAAGCUUGGUAUUAAGACUGUCGCUGUGUACUCUGAGGUUGACAGUGACGCCAUGCACGUCCACAUGGCCGACGAAGCGUAUUGCGUUGGACCGGCACCCUCUGCAGAAAGUUAUUUGCGGAUGGAUAAAGUAGUGGAAAUAGCACGAAAAUCUGGAGCACAGGUAAUACCGAUAUAUGGUUUUCUCAGCGAAAACGCGAAAUUUGCACAGCUCCUUGCAUCCGAAGGAAUCGUUUUUAUUGGACCCCCUUCGUCCGCCAUAAUGAGCAUGGGCUCGAAGAGCGAGUCAAAAGAAAUCAUGACAAAAGCUGGCGUACCAUGCGUUCCCGGCUAUCAUGGUACCGACCAGUCUUCCUCCAAUCUCCUUGCCCAAGCGGAGUCUAUUGGCUUCCCCGUCCUUAUUAAGGCCGUUCUAGGCGGUGGAGGGAAAGGGAUGCGCAUUGUGUACUCUGCCGAGGAGUUUAACCAAGCUCUCGAAUCAGCUAAGCGUGAGGCCAUGAAGUCUUUCUCGGAUGACAGUGUGUUGGUCGAGAAGUAUAUCGUAAGGCCGAGGCACAUUGAAGUGCAAAUCUUUGGUGACCAGUUCGGGAAUGUUGUGGGACUGUGGGAGCGUGACUGUAGCGUCCAACGACGGCAUCAAAAAAUUAUAGAAGAGGCCCCUGCCCCGGGGUUGGAUGAGAAGAUCCGAGCAGAUCUCAUCGGUAAGGCAGUAGCGGCCGCCAAGGCAGUCAACUACGUGGGUGCUGGGACGGUGGAAUUCAUCUUUGACAAUGACACAUCACAGUUCUACUUCAUGGAAAUGAAUACUCGACUUCAAGUUGAGCACCCAGUAACAGAGAUGAUUACCAGGCAAGACCUUGUACAAUGGCAACUUGAAGUUGCGUCUGGGAAUCCACUACCUUUAUCCCAAAGCGAGAUCCCUAGGAUUGGACAUGCUUUUGAGGCACGAAUAUACGCCGAGAAUCCGCGGAACAACUUUCUACCAGACGUUGGUCCAUUGCUAUACCUCUCCACACCCCCUCCAUCACCUUCGCUGCGUCUAGAGGAAGGUUUCCGGCAAGGCUCCAACAUUGAAGUUUUCUAUGACCCCCUUAUCAGCAAGCUUGUAGCGCACGGGCGUAAUCGAACCGAAGCUCUGCGAGUCCUUGGUAAAGCUUUAGAAGAAUACCACGUUGUUGGACUGUCUACCAAUAUUGAGUUCUUGCGAACCCUCGCCAGUAACCCCAACUUCAUUGCAGGGGAAGUCGAGACAGGUUUUAUUGAGAAACAUCGCGAUGCUCUAUUCCCGCCCCCCGCACCGCCGACCGCCGAAACCCUCACCCAAGCAGCUCUUUAUGUCACACUCAAGGAGGCUUUUGCCGGUGCUUCAUCUUCGGGCGAGAAUCCGUCACCGUGGAGUACAUUGCAAUUCCGUCGUUUUGGGGGCGACCUCUCGUCUCAAGAAUUUGUAUUCCAGCAUGAAACAGUGCCCGGCAUGCGAGGCCGGCAUGCUGCCGUAACGUCGACGUCUACGGUGCAAGUAGUUGCGCACCCAGCCACUUCGUCCAGCCCCCAGACGUUCGACAUCCUUGUAAAAACAGUAUCAGACGCCGGAAGUGAAACCAUGAAAACUGCCAUUUCCGCUGUCACAGCGAGGAUCACUGGGCCAAACGAGAUCACUACAUUGCUAAACAACUCCAAAAUUGUGACGACUGUUGUGCCUCAAGCUGCACCAAACCCGCAAGUCCCGCCUUCUCAAUCAAAUUCGGAAAGAUUACAUGUCUUCCACGGAGGCGAGAGAAUCACUCUCGUGCGCCCACCACCAAGCUGGCUGUCGUCGCUUGCAGAUGAUAUCCUAGGUGACGCAAGGAGUAAGGGCAUCACGGCGCCCAUGCCAUCUGUGGUCGUCGACAUACGAGUACAGGUCGGUGAGCAAGUGAAGAAAGGACAAGCUGUCGUUAUCCUCGAGAGUAUGAAGACGGAGACAGUCCUAAGGGCGGAAAAGGAUGGGAAGCUUAAGUCCAUUGCUUGCUCUAAGGGCGAGAUGGUGGGGGAAGGGCAACAAUUGGUGAUGUUCGAAGAGGAAGAUAGCGCCGAGUAG